UGACGUAGCAUUAGAUCAGUUUUGCUCCUCAAAUUACUCAGAAAAAAAAAAAAAUAAGUUCUUUGUUCAAUUGCUCUUAUCAAACCUUGAUCAUUCAUCUCUGAUCAGAGAAGUUUUAUUUUCGGAGAUUUUGGUUCAAUAUCAUCAGUAUUAUAAGAUGGCAGUCAAGGCAGCAACUAGAGUCUCAACCUGUGAUGGAUUUGGAAGACUGCCUGUGAAAACCCAAGUCUGCACCUACUGGCUUGCAGGGAGAUGCAAUAGGAAUCCAUGUAGGUUCAUGCACAGAGAAUUGCCACCUCCACAAUCUCGUGAGAUCCAGUUGGCACCAGCGAAGGACGUUCGUGGAAUGCAAUCCAGAAAGAUGACCUGGAGGAGUCCUAAAUAUAAGAACCCCGAGACUGCCACCCUUUCAAGUAAUAAAGGAGGCAUGCACACCAGUAGAAGUGGUCAGAGCAGCCAUCAGAACGUCUUGGCAAAUACUGGAAAUGAGAAUGUUCACAUGGAUAUAGAAAUGACCAUCGCUUCCUCGAGCACUCAUGGUGAUAUACAGGCCCAGCCAGAGGUUUUGAAAGCUGUAAGAAGUGAACCUGAAAAUUUUAGCUCUCAAAAAGCUAAGCCAAAGCAAUGCAAGUACUGGGUCACAGGAAAUUGUGUCCAUGGAGACAAGUGCAAGGAUCUGCACUCUUGGUUCUCUGGUUCUGGAUUCACAUUGUUGAAAAAGUUAGAAGGCCAUACCAAGGCUGUGACUGGGAUUUCGCUCCCAUCUGGCUCCGACAGGCUAUAUUCAUGUAGCAAGGAUAAAACCAUUCGAGCUUGGGACUGCCACACCGGUCAGUGUGCUGGUUCUGUAAUUACCGAUGGUGAAGCAGGGUGUUUAAUCAGCGAAGGCUCGUGGUUAUUGGUUGGACUGCAAACUGCUUUGAAGGCAUGGAACCUACAACAUCAUGCUGAGUUUGGUUUCGGUCUACUUGCUGGGUUAGUUUGUAGCAUGGUCCUGGAUGAUGAUAAGUUGUUUGCUGGAAUGGAGGAUGGUAGCAUACUGGUAUGGAAAUUGAAUCUGGAGGCUCUUACCCUGGAGGCUGCUGAAAUGCUGAAGGGGCACCAAGGCGCCGUGACAUCACUUAUUGUAGGGUCUGACAAUAGGCUCUAUUCAGGAUCAAGAGACUGUACCAUAAGGGUGUGGGACCGGAAAAAUCUGCAUUGUUUGCAUACACUAAAUCGGCACACAAGAGCUGUAACGGCCAUCAUUUGCUGGGAUAACUAUUUGCUAUCUGCUUCUCUGGACAACACACUGAAGAUUUGGGCUGCAACUGAAAGCGGGACCAUAGACGUGAUUCAUGAGAUCAAAGAAGAUUGUGGUUUUAUUGCUCUUUGUGGCAUACAUGAUGCUGAGGCCAAGCCUAUUCUGCUCUGCUCAUGUAACGACAACACUGUCCGCCUCUAUGACUUGCCCUCGUUUACCGAAAGAGGCAGAAUAUUUUCCAAGCUGGAAGUUGAAGUGAUAGAAAUUGGCAGCGACGGACUAUUUUUUACGGGUGACGGCACUGGGGAGAUCUCCGUCUGGAAAUUGCAUGGAGUUCCAUGUGAAGAAACUGCGUUGUAACUCUACUUGAUGAAGAGAGAAUGCUGUUGAUAUGUUUUUCAGGCAAUCUCGUCAUUUAGAUUGUUGAUAACUGUCUCCAGAACACCAGCGAUGUAAAAAGGCCACAAUUUUGUAUAUGCACUUGCGUUCAAUUAUUCAUAUAUUCUUCUUCA